CAUCCGACUCCCAUUAGAUCACUUACUUAUACAUCCGGCUGUUGCUUGCUUUGCUUUGCUGCUGCUACUAUAUAUUAUCUACAUCUCUUUCACCACCGCUCGCUCGCUGCUACUCUUCAUAUCCGUUUCUACUCAUCACCAGAAACAUGACAACAACAAUCGCCAAGUUUGCUCACUUACAGAUCCCACUUGAAGACGUAGUAAAGGCCACCAACAACUUUCAUCAUGAUAACAUCAUCGGACGCGGUGGAUUGGGACAUGUAUACAAAGGACAACUCCAGCGGUCCGGGGAGUUGAUCAAGAUAUCUGCGCUGAGGUUAGAUCGUAAGCACGGUGGAGGAGUCGUCGAGUUCUGGACAGAAGUUUCAAUGCUUUCUGAUCUCAAGCAUCCAAAUAUAGUCUCUAUUGUUGGAUAUUGUGAUGAGAAAGAUGAGAAAAUCGUCGUAACCAUGUAUGAGGCCAAAAAUGGAAGUCUCAAAGAGCAUCUAAACAGCUCGAACCUCACAUGGACACAGAGAUUGAAGAUAUGUGUAGGCGUGGCUCGUGCGUUGAGUUACCUCCAUUAUGACGAGGGACGUGGCUAUGGUGUUAUACAUCUUAACAUCAACAACACAACAAUUUUAUUAGACGAGAACUGGGAACCCAAGUUAUCUGGUUUUAAAGUUUCCAUCAAACAAUCACUUAAUCGAAUGGACCAGGUCGUUCUUUCUGAACCUAUUGGCACAAUAGGGUAUAUGGACCCUGAAAUUGGAAAGACCAAAGGUGUGACCUGCAAGUCGGAUAUCUACGCAUUCGGUGUUGUUUUAUUCGAGAUAUUGUGUGGGAGGAGAGCAUAUAUUAGGAGCGAUGCUAAUAGGUUACUAGCUCCAUUGGUCAUGCAACAUUAUGAAAACGAAACGUUGCCCGAUAUGAUCCAUCCCGAUUUGAAGAAUCAAAUGUCUAGAUACCAAAUAUCUGUAAGAUCACUCAGAAUAUACUCAGAAACGGCAUAUUCUUGCCUUAAGGAAGAGCGAGCACAUCGCCCACAUAUGCUCAAUAUUGUUAGCGGACUUGAGAAAGCAUUGGAGAAAGCAUUGAAGUUUCAACCACGACCUGAAAAUUUUGGAAAUAACUUGGAACACUUGAAGAUUGAGCUUGAUGAUAUAAAGUUAGCCACCCAUAAUUUUUCAGACACAUAUAAAACUGGCUCUAGCAAUUGCUAUACUUUUUACACAGUAGAACUCGACCAUUUUGAUAAAGAAAACCCUUCCUCCAUAGAAGGGAUAAGUAAAAGUAAACUAUUUAAGAGACACGGCGCAGUUGUUAUAAAGCGCUUCCUUCCUAAAGUUGAGGACCACGAAGAAGAAUUAUUUUUCACAGAACUUGAAGUGCUUGCUAGUGUUAAGCAUCACAACAUAGUCACUCUAAUAGGAUUUUGUGUUGAAGGUUUUGAGAGGAUACUUGUCACCGAGAAAUUUUCUAACGGAUUCCUUAGUGAUUAUUUAGGUAAUGUAAAAAAAAUGCAUAAUUUGACUUGGAAAAAACGUUUGAAAAUCUGCAUUGACGGUGCGCACGCACUGAAUUACCUUCAUUAUGAGAUGGAUGAUAAAAAAAUGAUGAUACACAAUAAUAUAUAUCCUUUUAGAUUUGGGUUGGAUGAGAAUUGCAGGGCAAAGAUCAAAGACUUUGAGUUUGCCGUAUUCCUGCCUCCAAAUCAAAAAGACGAAACUCUGUAUAAAAGAACAUAUUUUAAGCCCAAGUAUCAUGUGGAUCCAGAAUAUGAAAAGACCGGUAAGCUAAAAAGGGAGUCGGAUGUGUAUAGCUUUGGAGUAGUUAUGUUUGAAAUUCUAUGCGGAAGAGUAUCUUGGGACCAAAUUUACCUUAAGCAGAGUGAGAAAGGGCUAGUUCAUGUUGCAAGACAAAAGUUCUCCAAUGGGACAGCAGAGGAUAUAAUAGAUCCUAUACUAAAGGAAGAAACCCUUAAACGGACUCAUAGUCCAAUUAGAGGAGCAAACAAGGAUUCUUUGUACACAUUUUUAAAAGUGGCAAACCAGUGUGUGGCGGAGAGUCAAGACCAACGCCCAACAAUGAAUGUUGUUCUCAACGAACUUGAGCAAGCAUUGGUCUUUCAAGUAAGUCAGGAGGAGCAAGUACAUGAGCCAAAUAAGGACCAAGUUGUCGACGAACUUCAGAUAGCAACUUUUCAAAUUCGUGAGGAGCAGACAACCCAAGUUAUUGCUAAACCUGAGAAAGCGUUGGAACUUGGAUCAAUGCAUGGAAUUCUAGUAAACAACUUGGAACACUUGAAGAUUCCUCUCACUCAUAUUCUAUCAGUUACCAAUGAUUUUUCAAAUACAUACAGAAUUAAAACUCUCAGUGACGUUCAGUUCUACCGAGCAGAAUUGGAGCAUUAUGAUAAAAAAAAUCAUUCAUCAAAGAGACAAAACACUGUAAUUAUAAAACGCUAUCCUUCUUAUAUACGUCACCAGUACUCGUACUCUGGAGAAAAACAGUUUCUUACAGAAAUUGAAAUUCUUACGGGUGGAGUUAAGCAUCCCAACAUAGUCACUCUGCUUGGAUUUUGUGUUGAAGAUUCUGAGAUGAUCCUUGUCAUUGACAAUUUUUCCAAUGGAUUUCUUGGUGAGUAUUUGGAAAACCUCAAAGACAAAUGGGUUUUGACUUGGGAAAAACGUUUGAAAAUCUGCAUUGAUGUUGCACAUGGCUUACAUUAUAUUCACUCUCAGAUGGAAGACCAAAAGAUGAUAAUAAAUCGUGAUAUAUAUGGCUACAACAUUGGAUUGGACGAGAACUUGGGGGCAAAAAUUGUUUACUUUGGCAACUCCGUAUUCUUGCCUCCAAAUCAAGAAGACAAAGCUCUAUAUCUCAACAAGGACCGUAUUGGCAGAACGUGCCACAUAGAUCCACAAUAUGAGAAGACUGGUAAGUUAAAAAGAGAAUCAGAUGUUUACGGUUUCGGAGUAGUCUUGUUUGAAAUUCUAUGUGGGAGAUUAGCCUAUGACCCAAUUUACCUUAAGGAGAGUGACAAAGGGCUAGCCCCUGUGGCAAGACAAAGCUUCAGGACAGGAACACUAGAAGAGAUGAUAGAUCCUAUAAUAAAGGAAGAAACUGCUCAAAACACUUUUGUUCUAAAUAGAGGACCCAACAAGGAUUCUUUGCACACAUUUAUUUCAAUUGCACGCCAAUGUGUUGUGGAAACUCAAGACCAACGCCCAACAGUGAAAGUCGUGGUCAACGAACUUAAGAAAGCAUUAUUCUUUCAAAAAAUCAACAAGGACAACCCCAAAAUGUUACUUGAAGACAUAAAACAGGCGACACAAAACUUCAAUAAUGACAAUUGCAUCGGGCGAGGAGGAUUCGGGAGAGUCUAUAAAGGAAACCUUCAAGAUGGUGAUGGAUUUAAAACUAUUGUUGCAAAACGGUUGGAUUCAAGGUUUGGUCAAGGGGAACAACAAUUCUUGAGUGAGCUCCAAAUUCUUUUAGACUUUAAGCAUGAGAGUGUCAUUGGUCUUGUGGGCUUCUGUGAUGAAAAUGAUGAAAAAAUUAUUAUCUAUGAGUAUGCGUCCAAAGGAAGUCUUGAUAGAUAUUUAAAUGAUGCUUCUCUUACAUGGGGGAAACGACUUGAUAUAUGCAUAGAUGUUGCAAUAGCGUUGGAUUUCCUCCAUGGAGGAGUUGGAAAACAAGCGAAGGUGAUACAUAGGGACAUUAAAACAGCUAACAUUCUACUAAACGAUGAUUGGAAAGCGAAACUUGCUGAUUUUGGGCUUUCCUUAGUAAGUCCAUUAGUUAAAGAGACGGACUAUGUUAUUGAUCAUGUGUGUGGAACAACUGGAUACUUGGACCCACUUUAUAGAAAAUCAGGGUUCCUAACCAUAGAGUCUGAUAUUUAUUCAUUUGGUGUUGUUUUAUUUGAGAUUUUGUGUGGGAGAUCGACAUUUGAAAUCCAAAAACAUGAGGGCCACUAUCUACCAGAGUUCAUUGAAAAAAGUUUUAAAGAAGGAAAGCAUGGUGAGGUAGUGUUCGAACAAAUAAGGGAACAGAUCGUGCCUAAAUCAUUAAUUACAUUUCAAGAGGUUGCCUACAAAUGCCUACAUCUUGAUAGAGAAAAACGACCGACAACAAAAAAAGUUUUGAUGCAACUUAAGAAAGCUUUGGUAUUUCAAAACAUGGCAUCAACAAUGAACCAGUUUGCUCACUUACAAAUCCCACUUGAAGAUGUGGCAAAGGCCACCAACAACUUUCAUCAUGAUAACAUCAUCGAACAUGGUGGAGUUGGUAUUGCAUAUAAAGGACGACUCUUGUGGUCUGGGAGGUUGAUGGAGAUCGCUGCACGGAGAUUUGAUUGUAAGCAUGGGGAUGGAGACCUCGAGUUCUUGGCAGAAAUUUCAGCGCUUUCUGAUCUCAAGCAUAAAAAUCUAGUAUCUAUUAUUGGGUUUUGUGAUGAGAUAAAUGAAAAGAUCAUUGUAACCACGUAUGAGGCCAAUGGAAGUCUAGGGCAGUAUUUAAACAGCCUAAACCUCACAUGGAAGCAAAGAUUGAGGAUAUGUCUAGGUGUGGCUCGUGCGUUGAGUUACUUACAUUAUGACAAGGGACGUGAUUAUGCUAUUCUACAUUGUAACAUCAAUAGCAACACUAUUUUGUUGGACGAUAACUGGGAAGCCAAGUUAUCCGGUUUUGAAUUUUCCAUCAAACAAUCAGUAAACGAUAAGGAUCAGGUGUGCCCUUGUGAACACACUGGCACAUUGGGGUGUGUGGACCCAGCAAUUGAAAAGAUGGGAGGUGUGACCCACAAGUCAGACAUCUACUCAUUCGGUGUUUUUUUAUUCGAAACAUUGUGCGGGAGGAAAGCAGUAAUUCAGAACGAGGCUGAUAGGUCUCUAGCUCAGAUGGCCAAGUAUGGUUAUGAAAAUGGUCCAUUGCAUGAUAUAAUCGAUCUUCAUCUUUUAAAUCAAAUAUUGUCUCCGCAAUCACUCCUCAUAUACUCGAAGGUAGCAUAUUCUUGUUUAAAAGAGGAUCGAGCAGACCGCCCAAAUAUGCACUAUAUUAUGGCUAAACUUGAGAAAGCACUGGAACUUCAAUUGCGUGGUGAAAAUAUUGAAAACAAGUUGGGACACUUGAAGAUUCAUCUGAGUGAUAUUAAAUCAGCAACACAUAAUUUCUCAGAGACAUACACAAUUGCAUCUUGGAAUGACAAUUAUACUUUGUACAGAGCGGAACUCCACUUUUUUGAUAAAGAAAAUCUUUCAUGCCAUAAGGGGAAGUAUGAAGGAGAACAUCUGAAGGGACAGAGCACUGUAGUAUUAAAAAGGUACCCUUCUGGACAUGCCUUGUAUGGAGAAGAAGAGUUUUUUACAGAAAUUGAAAUGCUUACCCGUGUUAAGCAUCCCAACAUUGUAAAUCUACUUGGAUUCUGUGUUGAGGAUUCCGAGAUGGUCCUUGUCAUUGAGAAUAUCUCUAACGGAUAUCUUGUUGAUUAUUUGGGAAACGUCAACCACAUGCGUAUUUUAACUUGGGAAAAACGUUUGAAAAUUUGCAUUGAUGUUGCACAUGCGUUGAAUUACCUUCACUAUGAGAUGGAAGACCAAAAGAUAAUAAUAAACCGUCAGAUAAAUAGCUACAGCAUUGGGUUGGACGAGAACUGGGGGGCAAAGAUUGUUGACUUUUGGUUCUCCGUAUUCCUGCCUCCAAAUCAAGAAGACGAAGCUCUCUAUAUCAAUUGGCGUGGCAGACCUGGCUACAUAGAUUCAGAGCAUGAGAAGACUUAUAAGUUAAAAAGAGAAUCAGAUGUUUACGGUUUUGGAGUUGUAUUGUUUGAAAUUCUAUGUGGGAUGAGAGCCAAUGACCCAAUUUACAAGAAGGAGAAUGUGAGAGGGUUGGGCCCUGUGGCAAGACAAAGCUUCUGCAUGGGAACACUAGAGGACAUGAUAGAUACUAUAUUAAAGGAUGAAAUCGGUGAAAACAAUUUCGUUCUAAGUAGAGGACCCAACAAGGAUUCUUUGCACACAUUUAUGAAAAUUGCAUAUCAGUGUGUGGCAGAAACUCAAGACCAACGUCCAACAAUGAAAGUUGUUGUCAAGGAACUGGAGAAAGCACUAUCAUUGCAAUUGAAUUCAGAGGUUAAAUCUGAUUAUGUGGAGGAGAAGAGUCAUGCUUCCAUAAUUGAGACACAAGUAGUUGAGCUUUCUAGUGAAUUGAACAAUAUGAACAUGACUAGAAAAUCUGAAAUUCCUGAAAUUCAUAACAAGGAAAAGAUGUUACAUGACCAAUCCGACGACCCAGCAAAACCUGACUGUUGAAAGUCAGACUCGGAAGGCUGCUACACCUUCUUGGCCAAAUAUGUCAGAAACAAAUGCACAAAUAUGAAAUGGAGGCUAAGUUGCAGGUGAUUUUGGUUGUUGCAUUUGGUGGGGUCGGCGAGAUAACGGUUUGAAUUCAAAUUGGCAAUAUCUUUGUGGAUUUUAUGUUGGUACAUCUAGCUUUAUUUGGGUUGUGUGCUCUGGUAUGUUGUACCGUUGCAUAUUUGAGUUGGACUUUGUUUGGAUAUUUAAUUGAGUAGUGGGUUUGGGGGGUGCCUCAAUUGCACCCGACUGAUUCCCUUAUCCACCGCCUGAUUGUUCUGUCCAGUCGUCGACGACCGAUCAUUGGCUUUGAUAUUAGUUAUCCAAGCCUGCCUGUUGUAUCCGAAAGGUGAGUGAUGGUUCCUUACCAGGGCCGGUUUUGGGCAUGUGCGAGAGGUGCCAACGCACAGGGCCCAAAAUAUCUAGAGGCCCAAAAUUGUUUAAGAUAUAUAAAUAUAUAUAUAAUUAGUGUAGAAAAGCAUAAACAAAUUCUCCUUGUAGUUCAGUGGAUACCGCUGCCUUCUAUUGAAUCUGCCAUCCCGGGUUCGAAUCCCAUAGUGGUCACUUUUCUAUUCUUAUUUUCUUUAUCUAAUGUUAUGUUUUUCUUGGGCCUCAAGGGCUUAUUAUAAAACAAGGGGAAAGGCCUCAUAUAGUUGGAUUUAAAUUUGGGCCUUAAUAAAUUUGUAAACCUCUUCAAUUUUUUUCCUUCUCAUUUAACCAUUUACAUAAUAAACUUUACAUGUUUUCUUGUUUAAAUUUGUAGCUUUCUAAUUUCUCAUUUAACCAUCUACAAUAUAAAUUAAGAAGAACUCAAUAUCUAUUGUUUAUUUUGCUACACUAUUUUUGUUUUGUUUAUCUUACAAUAAUUAUCAUCAUAUUGUGGUUUUUUAUAUAUAAUUAAUUAGUUUAUAUUAUAGGAAAGGGGCCCAAAGUUUUUGUCUCGCACGGGGCCCAAAAUUUUUUUAUCAUUUUCGGAGACGGCCCUGUUCCUUACACCCCUUUGACUCCGUCCCGAUUAGGGUUUUGUGGUGAUCUUUGGUUCGUUAUUGGCUGCUACAUGGUUUCUGCUGAUUUUUACUUUAACUCUUGAAAGAGAUUUACUAAUUUUUGUUUGUGUGUUGUUUUUUUUUUUUUUUUUCUUUUGUAAUUCCGCCUUCUUUUACGGUUCCUGCUAGGGUUUGUCGCUGAAAUUUAUGUUUUCCAGCGGUGUGUUUGUUUCUUUUAUGACUAGACAAUUGGUCUUACUUUGUUUCCUAAAAGCUGGAUAUGGUGGUUGCAUGCCUUUGGGGAUGUUUUACGUCGAUGUGGUUUCUGUGGUUAUACCUGUCAUAGACGAUGGUCUUUUGUUAUCAUUAGAGACUAUGUACAUCUUUUUUUAAUGUAAAAACAUGUUAGUUGUAAA